UGGAAUAACCUCUCUCUGCUGCUGCUGGAAAAUGAUCGGCUUCCUCAGGAGGCAGCAGCAGCAGCAGCAGCAUGUAAUGAAUGUGAAGCGCAAUAAGUGACCCUCCUGUGAUCGCCUGCGGCGGUCGCAGAUAGGAUGCUGCCUCCAUCCUCAUCCCGUCUCCCGUUCGUCCCUUCAUCACGCUGCGUGGCGCGGCUCAGCCCGGCUGGGAUGCUGCAGCGCAGGCGGGAGCUUUACGAACCGCAACAAAGAGCGGCAGGCGGCGUCCAUCGGUCAGUCAGCGGUGACUCAUUGCGCACGGUCAGUCGGUCGACUGGGGGCUCGGAUUUGGCGCUGCUCGGCCGUGGGAGAUCGAUAACUCCGAGACUCAUAUUCUGUGGGAAGGCGUGGCUUGGUGUCAGCGACACUGGGGUGAAUUUUCCAUAUUCAUUCUUCGUCUGACAAACGGCGGCGCGCAAACGGCACCCGAUUCCACGGGACAUCAAGGGAGCUGCGUAAAGAUUUGAUUGCCUGUCUGUCUACAUCUUUGGAAUACAACAAUAUUUGAAGAUCCAAACAGGUAAUUUGGCAUGGGAACUAACCCAAAAAGGACGGUGACUGUCCAGAUGGUGCCUCACCUUGCUGUGGCAGACGCACUAGCCAACAAAGAGUCUAAUGCCAACUGGAGCAACGAGCCGCACCUCAAGCAUUCUCAGGUUUUUCCAAACGUCCCCCUCACGUCUCCCAACCCGCAGGAUACCCCGCCUUUGUCAGGUGCUGCUGGGAACACUGACCCACAUCUCCAUAAAUCCUCAUCAAAGGGAGGUGAAGAAGUUCGCAGCGCAGUGGCAGACAUGCCAGCAGGCAGCAACGGGAAGCAGACACAAUCUGAACCUGGGACAGCCGGUGAGCAGCACCCGGCUAACCUUUUGCUAAAAAGCCAAAUGGAGAGUGAGACAAAAAGUGACCACAGAGACUGUAAUGCUAACAUAAAAACAUCUCGUGGAAAGGAUACGUGUGCGGCUAGUUUACCGACUGCAGCCGCAGAGUCAAAGGUUGACGAGCACAGCAACGUCUGCAGUGUUAAAGGAACAAGUCCUUCGGAGGCAGCACCAGUGCAGCUUGUAUCUUCAACCGAACGCAAAGCACAAGAGACCCACAAUAAAAAUAAAAAACCCUGCAACACCAGUGAAUUAGGAAAUACAGCAUCUGCAUCUCAACAGGAGACCAAGGAUCCCCGAAACAAAUCUACUCCAGUAUUACAGAAAACGCCAGAGCCAGAUAAUUCACAAAGCUGCUCAUCAAGCGCUGUAACUGCAAAACCUGAACACAGGAUUGAAACUGUAGCAUCCUUUACCUCUCCUAAACCUCCUCCAGCAAGUAAAGCAGCAGACAUCACCACCACGGCUGAAAAUACACGUUCAUCACAUUCAGAGAGGGAUUUUCCCGUAGUAACGGCAGCACAGGUCCCCUCCAAUAAACAUCACCCUGCAUCCUCAAAGGAGGAUUCAUCCAGUGUCCCGCCGGCUGCAAAAAAGAAGUCAACCUGUGGUCAGGUGUCUGAGGAAACCGCCCGGACCGGCACAGGUGUCUGUUCAGGAGAGCAGCACGGCACGCAGUACAGGGAGGCCUCAACCAUGACCUCAUUCGUGCCGCCUAUCAAACAGUGUCACGAUAUGGAGGUCCAGGCCGUAGCAAACACAUGCAGUAAAGGUGUGGGUACAAGUCCGAGUCUGCUGCAGUUCGCUUCCACUCGCAGGCUGAGCAGCGACGGCGGGGUCCCAAGGGAGGAGGCGCAGAGUCUAGCUGUGGUGUUCCCGGCCGCUGAAGGCGUGGGUCCCUAUCAGGUCUACACAACUUCCCUCUCUGCCAUGGAGAGACUCACCGUGGAGGCAGAGAUGUGCCCCAAUCAAACUCCAGGUUUCUGCUCAACAACUGUGCCCCAGCAGCCUGAUUCCGUGUUAGGAGCCAAACCCAAGGAAGCCGGAUCAGCUCUGAGCAGCAUCCAGCCAGUGUAUCAAAUCAACAUCGAACACAGCAACCACCAGAAGGACACUGUGACGGGCGCGGUUGAAAUAUCGUCCACCGCUAAAGCUCCCUCUCUGAAAGAGACAGCCGGCCCUUCUGCUAAAGGAAAAACCGCCGCGCUUCCUCAGGGUCCACCAGCAACCACAGCGACAGCAAAUGCAGCAACAAAGUCGGGAGCAAGUUCCGCCGAGCAGGGGAUAAAGCGAGAGAAGAACGACGAGGAAGACGAUCAGGACGGAUCGCAGAAGGACAAGAACGUCCACGAAGUCGUGUGGGACGAACAGGGGAUGACGUGGGAGGUCUACGGGGCGUCUGUGGACCCAGAGUCGCUUGGUUUCGCAAUUCAGAGCCACCUGCAGUGUAAAAUCAGGGAGCAGGAGAGGAAGCUGAUUGCCCAGACUUCCUUCAGAAAGUCCAUCUCCGGCGUCGACUCUCCGCAACGUGGCAAAAAGAAGAAAAGGAGGGAACAGAACAUUUUCAGGUCAAUGCUGCAAAAUGUCAGGAGGCCCAACUGCUGCGUGCGUCCCCCUCCCUCCUCCGUCCUCGACUAGCCCUGCGCCGUGGCGGCCAGCAUGAGAUUCCUCUCUUUUUUUUUUUUUUUUCUGGAGGUCACAGUGUUUGUCCUCCUGCUGUCAGGACUGCAAUGCCAAGUGAAACAUUACCGGAACACCGAUCCUUAUAUGUGAGUAUACUGGAAUGUUGUAGCAAACACAAACAAACAAACAAAAAAAAAAGAGUCUGACUAUUUGUGAAAUCUGUGAACAAUGUAGGAUAUAGAAGCAUAAAAUAAACAACACAUAUUUUCUAGAAAUAGAAUGUAAUAAAAAGAGAGAAAUCCCAUUUUUUUUAAAGUAUAAAGGCAUGUAUCUUAGCUUCAAAUGCUUUAUGACUUAAAGUUCAAACCAAUCAUGAGGUAUCCUCUACUGUCAGACAUCAUUCGUGCAAAUAUUUUGGGCUGAUAUCUCAUUUGUUGGAUUUAGUGAACGUUUUCAAGGUGUUUGGGAGAUUUUCGUGUCAUGCAUUCAUGUAUUUUUCACCCGUGUGGUGUCAAAAAAAAAAGGGAAGCACUGUAAACACACAUAAAUGUUAUGUUUAUUCUCUGUUAUUCCUUGGAUUUCUAUUAAAAUAAUAUAAAACU